AUGAGACUGCGCAACCGUUCAAUAGGAAGGCCGCUUUACUUUUCCCGCGGAAAGAGGAGAGAUGGUACAAAACAAAGGGAACGGUACCGUAAAGACAGGCGACGAGAGUUGGAAAACACAAGACCGCCGAGGGACAUAACGGUGACAGCCAAAGAGGAGACGCAAAACCGAGGUAUGGUGGAGGCGUUGGCAGAGGGUUCGAAACACAAAAUGUUCGACAACCGCCAUGGAUACUCGCACUACGGAGCAACAAUCGAGGCUGGCCGCUCUGAGUCAGAGUCCCGAAGGGCCCUGGGAGGAGGACCCCGCGAAGGACAGGAGGACCUGGAGGCUCAGGAGAGCCAGGAGCGCGGCAGACAACCGGGGGUCGUGCCGGUCUUCGAGGAGGCGAGGCGGAACCCUAGAGGGAGCGGGGAGGCGUCGGCGGCGAUGGCAGUCGCCAACGUGAACAUGCGGAAGCUGGAGGCCGACCGGCUGGUAGCAACGAAAGCUCCACGAGCCACGGUUGGCGACCCGCGAAGAGUACGAAGCCGCCAAGGCGGCGCGCAUUCGUAUGCAGCAGCGGGCGGCCAUGGCGGGGUGCAGAACCAGUCGAGGAGAAAGGAGGAGUCCGAGAGCAGGUGGCAGCAGGAGCUCCAAAAGGCGGAGGCAGAGGAGCAAGCGGCCUGGAACAUAGUCGCCUGGCAGGAGGAGGAAGCAGUCGGUCAAGAGGAAAGGGAGGUACCCGCUACCCCGCGGCAUGUCCAUUCGGCAGAGGUGGUCCGGAUAGGGUCCCAGGAGCCAUCCCCACCCCCCUCACCCACUCCGACGGCGGGAAUCCCGCCCACGCCCCGGCACUGGCCACCCAGCCCUCCACCCAACCCAGUUUUCAUGUCGACAAAGGGGGAGAUGUGCCGUUGCCAGUUACGCAACAAGUCAACGCGUAGCAACGGCAGUGCGAAACCUGGAGAAAUAGAGUUUGGAGACUCUGAGCUGGAGAAAGAGAGUUUGGAGACUCUGAGAGGACAGAGUUUGGAGAUUCUGGAAGUGGAGAAAGAGAGUGCGGAGUCUCUGAACUUAUAG